CCAGCCUAGACUGUUUACUCUCUCUGGGGGUUAACAUUUAACAUUUAUACCGGAGCACCACAGCUGACUGCAUCAUCAGAGAUUGUGGACAGCAACCUUCCCAAGUUACUUGGCACUUUGGCUGGCAAACCUUUGAAGAAUUGUACGAUGGGACCUCGGACAGCUGUCACUCCAUCUAAGGAAAGAAAGAUGGUGUCCGGGGGGCAAGAUAACAGUUUUAGUAGUGGCAACAGCGGGUAUUGUAACAGAGGUCCCAUGCUUAGUCCUACCUCACCUGUGCUGUCAAACCCCAAAUCAGUGCUAAAGAGACAUGUAAGUCCAGAGGAGCUUCGGAGACCAGGAGGUUCAUACAUAAAGAGGACGUUUACAAUUGUGGGUGAUGCGGUGGGCUGGGGCUUCGUGGUCAGGGGGAGUAGACCAUGUCAUAUCCAGGCAGUGGACCCCAGCGGCCCUGCAGCAGCAGUAGGAGUGAAAGUGCGCCAGUUUGUGGUCUCUGUCAAUGGUCUGGACGUCCUGUCUCUGGACUACAAGACGGUCAGCAACCUCAUCCUCACUGGAUCGCGGACCGUGGUCAUGGAGGUUAUGGAGGAGUCUGAUUGCUGAGGAUGAGGUUGUAUUGUAUUCGGUUACAGUCAACUUAAGGCCUCAGUAACCCAUUGGCUCUUGGUGGUCGAAAGCUUAAGAGUAAGAAUGUGGACUGUAUUGGCCGAAAUAAAUCCAUAGAUACCUUAUGACCUUGAUAUGGAGCCAAAUGGACUUAGCUACAUGAUGGACUUGAGACGCGGGGUCACAGCAACAGAAAACUGACGAGCCCCACUGCGACUCUGGCCAGUGUUCUGUGGUUAACAUGGAUACUGCUAGUGUUUUUUUUGCUCUCCCACAGCAGUUUAGACUUUUGACCUGUGCGCCUGCUGUUUACUUUUCCACCCACUCCCUUGUUUGCUCCAAUGAAGGGUUCCUUCCUAGAAAGACAAGUACUUAGGGUGUUGUUGAUUAAGUGAGGUGGCACAUAUUGUCAACAACACCGCACUUUGUGACGUGGCAGAGGUGUUUUUGAGAGCAGUAGAAUUUAUUUCGAUGAUUUAGCUUUGCAUUUAGCUUGGAAUAUGUUUGGCAUUGAAUGCUAAAGUUUGGUAGCGGGAGUAACUUAAACCUUGUAUUCAUAUUGGACAGAAAAUAGCACAAUACUGUCAAACUGCAGAUCACAUACUUUCUGGCAGCAUAAAAAGGCUUGGAUGUCAUCUUGGUUUCUGAUUCCACUGCAAUAUUUUUUGGAAACCCACAAUACGGAUAAAAGUUCAAAUAAUCAAACAGUAGAAGCCUAUCAACAUGUUAAUCCUUUUUUCAUUUUUUUAUUUUGAAACAACAAAUCCGUGUGUUAUGUUAAUGCACAUAGAUAGGUUAUAGCAGUGAUGUUGUGCAUUUUGUCAAAUAUGUCAAGGGUAAUGCAUGAUCACAUAGUCUAACACAAGGUAUAAAGGACCCAAAGCACUAAAGGAGUUGUACUUUCAUAUAGCCAUAUAGACCGACCCUAUACAUUUGUUAUGGUCAACUGAUCUUUAAAGGGUAUUAGUGCAGACCAGGCCAGCAAAGAGUAUCUGAAUUUGUGUUGGCGUCUGAUCAGUGUGAAAAUAUUUCAAUUAGCCAAUGAAUUAAUAAAAAUAAAGUAAUUUAAUGGAAAAUGUUAGCAAAUGUGUAUUUGAAUAAAUGUUUAUGAUAUUAAAGCAAUAACAUGAUUCAUCA